UUAAAGAAAUGCAAUAGCAAAACAAUAUUUGUUUGCAGCACAAAAAGCAAUUAUUAUUUAUAUGUAUGGAUCCUCUUUGCAAAAAUAUUGAGCUGUGCUCUUGCUGUGUAAAUACUAAUCACUUAAGCCAUAAAAAGUAGUUAUUUAUUGGUUUUAAUUAGAGUAUUCAAAAGUAGAACUAAGAAAUAUAAAAUGAGGUAUCUUAAGUGUCUCCUAGUUUUUUGUCUGAUGAAAUCAAUGAGAUUCUUUCAUCUUAAUAAGGUAUAUCCUUUGAUUACGAAAAAUUUGAGAAUAAAUUUAAUGGUUCAGCUUCCUAUAUAAGAGCAAAUGAAUAAAGCUGUAUUUUUAAAGAUAAAGUGACUAUAAAUUCAAUCGGGCAAUUAAUUAUAUCUGAAAAAAAUGUCUAUGAUAUUCCUAAUAAAUAGAAAAUUUCAUUAAAGUUAAAUGCUUUUUAAUCAUGCAGUUUAAUUCAAUAACUCCCAGAUGAUAUUUUAGUUACUAUAACAAAUCGUAAUCUUCUCACAAUCUAUGAUUCUGCUGAUAUAUCGAAUUUAAUUACAUUAAAAAAUGUAUACAUACCUUUAAGUAAAAGUUAAGUUACAUUUGGAAAUGAUGAUCUUCUUGCAUACCCUAGCUAUAAUUCUAUUUAUAUAAUAAAUUGGAGAAGUGGUAGCUUAAUUACAUAGAUAGUUACAAAAGCUAGUCCAAUAAAAAAAAUUUAGUUUAUGUUUAAUGCCUAGUAUAUUUCUAUUACAUACAAAGAAUACAAAAAAGCUCCAGAUAUUCAUUUUGAAAUCUAUUUAGUAAAAACAUAAAAAUUGGUAUUUAAAACAAAAUAUUCAAACAAAUUACUAUCAAUUCAUGAAACUGAUAUAGAUUAAUUUGUAGUUACAAUAGGAAACGAUAUAUUUAUAUAUAAAUGUUUCUCACUUUAAAAUUUCAUAGCAGACUGCAAGUCUAUUUAUCAUUAAAACAGAAUAGGAAAAUAGUAGUUAUUUAUUCUAGCUGAUUCUCAAAUUCAAAUUUUGAACACAAAUUCUUUAGAAAGAUAUUCAAUAAAAACUAUGAAAAAUCUCAAAAAAUGGGAAGUUAUAGGGUGUUUCUAUACUUAAGAAGGAGAAGUAUUAAUUUUGAGUUAAAAUAUUAAGCAGCUUGAGUUAUAAUUUGUUAUUUGA